AUGCUAGACUUCUUUUCUUUCCUGUGGGACACCAAGUUCCAAUUCACUCUACUAAUUGUUUCUUCCUUCUCCAGCAAGCUGCUUCACCUCUACAGCCACAGGAUAUCUCUUCCACUCAUACUCACUACUCUCUACCUCCCGACGUUCCUCUUGCCCGAUGCCAUACUGGUUGUUCUGUCCAAAACGCUGCUAUUUCGGCAAGACAGAAGUAAACUCGAGGUACCCAGGAGGAUCUUCGGAGCACUUCUCACUCUCAUCACUGCCUCCGCUUCUGCAGCCCAAGUAUCUUUCUACCUCGAAACAGGCGGAGAAGUGCAAUGGCUCGCCGCUGGAAACUUUGCGAACGACCCUGCCGGCAUGAAGCUGCUCAUGUCUGGCUUCCCGAAGUUUGCUCUGGCCCUCUUGUGCUUCGUUGGCAUAUCCUGGCUUCUCACACCGCGAUAUUAUGAUUUCGUCGACAGAGUAUUUGGGGGCAUUGCUUCGGCAUUCAAAGCUCUUCGUCAGGUCGUAUUCAGGAAGAACGUUGGUUAUAGACCUAGUAGACGGAGAACGCUACUAACCGUACUUGCGGUUCUUGCUGCGGUCGGCGCCUGUGCUGUUCUUCAAGUGGUCCGCCCAACGACUCAGCCUUAUGCGCACAUGUCGGGCUCACUACCGUUCACGUUAUUCGGAUCCUUGCUUUUCAAUGCUAGGAACUCCGAGUUCUGCCUACCACGUCCACCCAACCCGGUCGGCUUCCCGUUCGAGCAACUUCUUGCGAAUGCGUCCUGGGAGCAGCCCGUUGGGAACUUUGCUGGAUGGAUGCCACAGUCCGCGAAGUGUAUUGCACGAAAUGGUACCGAUAAUCUAAAGUUCUACGACCCAAGUUGCGACCCGUUGCGGGUCAGCAACUUAGACCAGGACAUUCUUGGCAGCCUUGGUGAUGCCUUCGCCAAUGACGAAAAACGACCCUCGAUCAAGCAUGUCGUAGUGCUUACGCUCGAAAGCACGCGGAAGGACAUAUUCCCGUUCAAAAAGGAAAGCAGGAUUCACGACAUUAUCCAGGAAUCCUGGAGCCGUUUCGACGAUAUGCAUGAGUUGGACGAGAAGCUGUUCGAGAUGACACCUAUUGCCAGCUUAUUGACAGGCGAGUCUAUGGGUUUCGCCGACCUAGCAAUUGACGAAGUUCACGGAGCUGCGCCUGCAAAAUGGACAGAUCGUUUCAACGAGUCUUUCGGAGGCAUCAACGUCCAAGGAGCGUACACCGGAGCGGGAUAUACUUUCAAGAGCUUGGUUGGCGGACAUUGUGGAGUAGAGCCAUUACCAGUGGAUUUCACCGAGGAGGUUAAGGGCCACAUCUACCAGCCUUGUAUUCCGCAUAUCCUGGACCUCUUCAACAAGCACCCAAACGAAACUGCGCCGAAGGAGGAGAGGGACGCCGGCGAGAAAGACUUCCUAUCUUCGGACUGGGAGUCGGUAAUCGUUCAGUCAAUUACCGAUCAAUUCGAUUCGCAGGACAUUCUAGAUGAUCAUAUGGGAUUCCGCAAGGCCAUCAUGAAGUCAACACUGCUCAACUCUUCUUCGAAGUAUUACCCACCCAAACAACCAGAGAGCAACUAUUUCGGGUUUCCAGAGACUGAAGUGCUGCCUUACAUGCGGGACCUAUUCACGGACGCGGAAGCACGCAACAAGCGUUUGUUCUUGUCUCAUAUCACAAGCUCAACCCACCAUCCCUAUUCCACUCCAAAGCAAUGGGGCAAGGAUGAGGACUAUAUGGCGAGAAACCGAUGGGGUGCUGAGGAUUCAUUCAACGCUUACCUGAACACGGUCAAGUACCAAGACGAGUGGAUCUAUACGAUAUUCAACAUGCUGGAAGAAGUUGGGGUGCUUGACGAAACCCUCGUCGUGUUGGUCGGAGAUCAUGGCAUGACCUUCGACACAAUCGACGGCAGCACCUCAACUUUCGAGAACGGCCACGUCAACAACUUCCGCGUUCCUCUACUCUUCGUCCAUCCUAACCUUCCCCGCGUUCAGCUUACCGCCAAAACAACCUCCAUUUCGAUCAUUCCAACCCUCCUCGACCUCCUCAUCCAAACCCACUCGCUGGAUGCUCCGGCCAUUGAAACCGCACAGCAACUAAUCCAACAAUACCAAGGCCAAUCACUCAUCCGCACCUUCGUCCCGGAGAAAGAUGGACGCCAGCUGUGGUACUUCGGAGUCAUCAACCCAGGUGGUAGUGUGAUGGUCAUCUCUUCCGCUGCAACAUCCUAUCGACUGGUCUUCCCUCUUUGCUCAAGUUCCGAGCUCCGGUUUACGGAUGUCGCCAAAGACCCGGCGGAAGAACACGCGAUCGAGGGAUGGACGAUUGAGAAGCUUGUGAAAAAGGUCAAAAAGGACAUGAAAGGAGAAGAAGGCGAAGCGGCGGUCGAAUGGAUACAGAAAGCAGAGAUGUUGGGCCGGUGGUGGUUCUGGGAGCAGCGGGAGCGAUGGGAUUACCAUCUUGCCGCCAAGGGGACGGAUCGCAGUGCGAAGAAUGCAGGAGGAGGCGAGAGGAAGAAGCAUUGGUGGGAGACUCGAUGACGGAAAAUCGUGGUUCUUGAUUGUGUGUAUUAUAAUGGUCGUCGAGCCACUCUCACGACUUGACUUUCGAUGUUAGCUGCUACCGAUGGAGGUGCUCCGAAUGCUCCGGAGGUUGCACAGGCAGUAUUAAAAGGCGGUCUCCUUGUUUUCCCUGGCGUAAAAGCGAUCUCAUUACGGCGGCAUUGAUCAGGAGUUUCGGACAUUUCGGAGGGAAAGAGAAGAUACCAUGGGGUUGCCAAGAACAUAAUCGUCAUACACCUGCAAGAAAAAGCAUAGAGCCAGCCCUUACUGUUAGUGCAAAUGGAUUGGUUCAUGAUCUGG